AUGGCCUUCGUCUUCUCGUCGCUGUCAAAGCCCAAAGACGGUGGAGUCAAGGUCGAUAUUGUAUGCGUACCGGCCAUUGGCGCUGAUCCAAGAAAGACAUGGGAACGCCAGACCGACAGCGCUGGCUUCGAACGCCGCCGGCUCGACUAUGUAUUGCAUGACAGACUUUACCCCGCCGCCCAAGUCCAUCUCUAUGAUCACCUUACGCGUCCGGAAAGGGAAUUGGAGGUGAAACCGCCCCAAGGGCCGAACGAUCAUGCGCACAAGAAAUCAGCCGAAGAAUUCGCUGCUGGGGAGGCGUUGGUCGCGGAUUACGGAGUCGCGGAGUGGGCAGAUCGUUUUUUGGAAAUUGUUAGCGAGCAUCGCAGAGCGCAAAGGACAGACCGGCGGCCUAUACUCUUCAUAUGUCACAGUACGGGAGGUAUCGUUGUCAAGCAAGCACUCAGCAAGAGGGACGCCGAAGGCCAGAACAGCAUCGCAGCAUGGUGUCUUGGGGUUACAUUCUUCUCCACACCGCACCACGGCUCAAGCGUGCUCUCCGAGCCUGAGUAUGUCCAAACUGUGCAAGAUCAUUUGGGGUUGAAAUGGGAAAUGUCUGAAAACCUUCGGCACGACUUCUUGUUACGUAAUACGGACCUGGAAACUCUCAAUCAUGUAUUUGCUGUCAGUGUUUUCGGGGUGAAAAUAUACAGCUACGUUGAGAGUGAAGACACGAACUUGGUUGUACUAUCUACGAACGACCUGGGUGGGGAAACUUUGACCACCAUCCGGCUAUGCAUUGUGGACAGCCGUUCUGGAAAGCUGAGCAGCCCUGAGGCACCUUUCGAAGACGAAGAGGUUAUACAGCUCAAUACCACCCACGUUGGCGGUCCGCAAUUCACGGAUGAGGAUGCUCUGUACAGCUUUUAUGUCGACGAAAUUACCGCCUUUGUGAAAGAAUUUAGUGCCGAUGAGCGCAGCCUUCAUCACGCUCUGAAUCAUGAUAUAAUGUCGAACACUGAAGUAGAUGUCCAUCAGUUCUAUGUUGUGGGCACGCAAGGAGAGCCUGGAUCGAUAAAGAUCAUGACUGCUCACCCUUCGCUCCAGACCUUUCUCGAAAGUGGACCAUCAAAAUGUAUGGAAGCGAGGGUCCGUGGAACUGAUCAAGCGGACGAGGGUAGCAGGAAUGGAUCGGUCAGGCCAGCCAUAGAAUUCAGGCCCGCUUCGGAGCCAGCAGCUCCAACCUUGAUGGUCACCUCGGCGGAAAGCGAUGAGACCUCUAGUGAUGCUUCCAGAGCAGAUUCAUAUCCAAAGCUUUCUGCUCCAACUGUUCCGCUCCCCAAGAACAUACAUACUAGGCGGCCCUCCUUGACUAUAGAGGUAUUGGAUCCGGGAUCUCCAGGCCAUCUAGCACCCAAAGCAAGUAAGAAAGUUGCAUUCACGACCAAUGCGGCGAACAAGGACACAGAUCAAGGGAGACGGCCUCAACGUGCGCACCUUUUUCAGCUGCCCAGUUCAUCUUCGGAGCGGUUUAAAUGGAUUCACGUUCCUUUCACCCAUGCUGGGUGGGUGCCUCUCGUCCUCACAACAAUCUCUCAAGACAAGGAUAAUCUGAAUCUCCACACCAAGCUCCUGAUGGACAAGAUGUGGUUCUCGCAGCAUAACCAGUCACGACACGCCUCACCCCACGCCCGUUUCGUGAGACCUAGCGUUAAGUGUUUGCUGCCAAAGAGCUCAGAGAAGCACGUAGACAUGGCAACACCGUUGAGUGCCGUUGAAGACGUCCAGUUCGUGGCAUACUUGCCCUACCUCCACUGGGACUCAUUCAGGAAUCUGCAAAAACGAGCGGAGAUCAUCAAAUUGCGGAGGGAGCAACCCCACGCUCGCCCGAUUGCAAAACACGUCGCUAGCGGAAAAUCAAUGGAACACAAGCUCAUCUGGCAACACCUUACGUCAGAUAGACCAGUCCAUUGCCGGCGGACCCUCGACCAAUAUGGAUAUCCGAGCCUGCGGAAUACCUCUGUUCGAGAUGCUGACCAGAUAUUAUACAAGCGCACGAAACCUGAUGCAGAUAUGCAACCACCCAAAGAGCUGUCGAUGAAGCACAAGCUUCAGUCCAGUCGCGCAGCAGCGGCCUCAAUGCCAAAUGCCGACGAUGGUGCUGCAAAGGUCCUAAUGGUGGACCAACUUUGGCUCUGGAUCGUGGACAACAAGACUGUGAUCACAUUCUUCGCUCCCAAAGAAAAGGAAGACAACGAUGGCGGCCUUUGGAAAGAAGGAGAUGUGCGGAGUGAGAUCUAUCAGGACAUCAACGGCGAUUAUGCGAACCAAUGCACGGAUCCUUUCGACUUUGCUGCACUUGCCGUUUUCCACGCAGUGAAGGCCCUGCUUGACCGGACCACUGACCGGAAUCUCCAGGUCUUUCGAGUAUUCGAAGAGUACAUAUCAAUUUUGACUGAACAGCAAACGCUCAGCUUCAAAGAGUUCCGCAACAAUCACCAAUAUAAGAAGGCUAAGGAUAUCAAUGCACAACAGCAUAUAGACAACCGUAAAGACCUUGACGCUCUCCUCGAGUUGCGUGAUAUCGAAGACGAAUUGAGUACAAUUGAAAAGUUAAUCAAAGAGCAGCAAAGUUGUGUUUCGGAAAUGAUUAAACAAUAUCGUGAUCUGAAUACCCGCCAUGGAAAGGGCUUCAACGGUAUCAACUUCUUAUACGACGUCGACCAGUUCCUAACCGAACACAAAGAGCAGUUAGACGGCAUGCUCAAGGGCGCUCAAGCCGCUCAAAAGGCUUUCAAGGAGCUUCUCGACAUGAAGCAGAAGCAGGCCAAUAUUGUAGAAGCACACCUAGCCCGCGAGCAAACCGAGGUUGCUGCCGAUCAAUCGCGAUCUGUUAUGAUUUUUACGAUAUUCACGAUCAUUUUUUUACCUUUGUCUUUCUUCGCGUCUGUAUUCGGUAUCAACGCACGCGAAUGGAGCGGUAAUCCAGGCAAUGAGAAUUCAGCGCUACCGACACUACACGAAAUAUUCACCUACAUGGGCGCUAUAUCUCUCGCAGUUAUAGUAGUCGCACUCAUGGUAGCCUUCAAUAGACACGCGCGACGCCUCUCUUACAGAAUCUGGAAGAUUUUCGCGAAACCCUACUUCAAUCUUCUGGGACGACUGGGCAUCAAUCCUCGGCGUCCUCCAGACCAGCCUUCGCGGGCCUCGACUCUCGGUAGUAUGGAGAUUGACUUGGAAAAGCAAGCUGAUAUUGAUGCGGAAAAGGCGCGUGCGAAACGGUUAUCUACGCUCUCUAGGACACAUUCGAAGAUGAACUGGGAGGAGGAGCUGCGGGUACAUAGGAACAGCAUGGUUGGGAAAUAG